AGUUAGCGUGUACUUUUUCCGAUCUCCGCUACCGCCAUUGGAAGACCAAACAAAUCGCUUUUGGAGAUGGAGGAAGAAAAUCCUUCUCGAACUUCGCCUCCGUCGAAGACUUCCGCGAAAGAAGAAUCUCAACUCGACAAAAGUAGUCAGCGAAAAAGUCGAAAACGAAGAAAGGAAGAGGGUCGCCAUCGCAGACGCGAUCGCCGUAGCAGCCGGGAAAGACGUUCGAGAAAAUCGUCUCGAAAGGAGAGCCGACGGAAACGCAAAAAAAGGCGCAGAAGAUACAGCUCUUCGUCCGAAAACAGUGAUUCUUCCAGUUCCAAUUCGUCGUCAUCAGACGACAGUGACGACUCAUCCAUAGAUGAGAAGAAACGAAGAACGAGCACCAAGUCCAAUGUUGUGCUGAACAAAAAGCUACUCGCUAAGCUAGAUGCCCGCGGCGAGACAUUGGAGGAGCGGAAAGAACGAAGAGCUCAAAAGCGAGCAGCCAAGAUUCAAGCACGAUUUGGAUACACUGCUGAAGACAAUCCGUUCAAUGACCCAAACUUGCACGAGACGUUUACGUGGAACAAGAAGAAGGAAGCGACAAAAACUAAGAACACAAUGUCAAAUGAUAACAAUCCUGACAAGAUUGAAGAAAUAGAGACAAUCCGACGCCGGCGUAAAGAGCGAGAAUUGGAGAGAGAGGAGAUGGAUCGUCUGCGGGCAGAAGAAUCUAGAAUGAAAGAAUUAGAAAACUACGACGACUGGGCCAAAAAGGAGGAAGAGUUCCAUCUCGAACAGCAACGGAAGCGAUCGGCGAUUCGACUGGUGGAGGGCAGAGAAAAGCCAGUUGAUAUACUUGCUAAAAACUUGCUAAUUUUUGGAUUGACAGAAGAAGAAAAGAAGCAAAGGGCGGCGGUCAAGUAUCAAGAACGGUACAAUGCUCUAGACGAGCUUCAGAAACUGGACGCCGAAUUGGAGGAACCUCAAAACAUUGUUGGGAUCCUAAAGCUUGCUGAAUUACAAGAACUUUUGGGUGACAUAGAAGCCUUUCGGCUUCUAGAAAAGGAAGCUAUGGGGGGAAGUGGAUCUUCGACCAUCACGCUGUACUGGGACGCACUAGCAUUGGUUGUGAAGGAUGAAAUCGAGUUCCUCCGGAAUGGCGGGGAAGAGAGCCGAUACGCUAAGAAGGUCAAAGGGAUAAAGGACAUAUUCCGCGGACAAUCACGAUCGGAUUUGACCAAAAUGGAAGAAGAAAUCAAGGGUAAAGUUGUGAAAUCCAGAAAUGAAGGUUGGAAUGAUAGUGGUGGUGCAAAUGAUAUUUCUUAUUGGAAUUCUGUAUUGAAGCAGCUAUCGGUUCAUCUGGCAAAGAUGGAUCUCUCGAAAUUACAUUCGAAAAUGUUAGUCCGCCAGCUCGAGCAAUUAGAGUCCAGGAAAGAGUUUUUAUCGAAACAACAGAGGGAUGUCGAGUCGAUCAAAACUCAGCAUACCGAAGAAAAUUCCGACAAUAUGGGAGACCAGACAUCUAGAUCUAUGGUACCAAAAAAUGUGGACGAAAAUUUCGGCAAUCUAGAAGAGGAACUCGGAUUGUCUGACGAAGUGGCUCUGGCUAAUGGAGGGGGUUAUUCCUGGCAAGAUCGCUAUGCACCCCGAAAACCCAGAUACUUCAAUCGUAUUCGAACAGGUUUCGAUUGGAACAAAUAUAACCAAACUCACUACGAUACAGAAAACCCUCCACCAAAAAUUGUGCAGGGUUACAAGUUCAAUGUGUUUUAUCCUGAUUUGGUUGAUCCAACGAAGACUCCCCAGUAUUUCCUGGAACGUGCGGACACGGAUGACUUCUGUAUUUUGCGAUUCCAUGCCGGCCCGCCAUAUGAAGAUAUAGCUUUUAAAAUUGUAAACCGGGAAUGGAAUAAAUCUCGGAAACGUGGCUUCCGAUCUACGUUUGAGCGAGGAGUGCUGUCGCUGUAUUUCAAUUUCACAUCCCACUGGUACCGAAGAUAGACAACCCCAUCCGAUCGUAUCGGUUGUACGAAGGAAAUCAAUUAGGAGACCAUAGACGUUUAAUAUAGCUUUCGAAAAGCGAAGCAUUAGAAAAGAUCUGACGUGAUUGCUUCGGGCAU